GGGGAGAGCUGGAGACAAAGGAGCUACAGAUCUGAACAUCCAGUGAGCUUGGAGUCGUGAAGUUGUCAUGUACUGAACUAUAUAUGGAAUUGGCCAGGUGAUCCCUUGGUAGGGUCAAAGGAUGGCGAGCUUCUGACAACUGGCUGGAGCCAGGAGAACCUUAAAACUCACUCUAUACUGGUCUGGUAGGAGUCUGAUGGUCCACAACAUUUCCCCCUCCAUCUCAUUAUAAAGACACACAAUUCAUUAUUCAACCCUUCUCUGGUGGAAACAAAUUGCGCUUGGACAUUUUCAUCUCAAACAAUUGGACAAUUAAAUUAUGGACUUUUAAAUGUGUGUCAGUCAGACAAUGUGCUGACUACUGGGGAAAGAUAGGACUCUUUGUGCACAUUUAUAUACAAGAUUUACUGCAGUAUUGUGUAUGUAUAUAUUUAUUGUCUUUAUUUUUUUGUUUUUCAUGUAUGUUUGUGUCUUGUGGUGUUCACUUAUUUUUCCUUCUCUAAAAUACAUAAUAAUGAAAGCAGUUAUUCUUUUGUAUUGUUUUUAUUGAUUACUGACAACAGCUCCAGUAGAUGAACCUAACCUUCUGGUAUUAUAUGCCAUCUAGUCCUUUAACUGCAUUAAAUAACUGCUACAUUAUUGGCGAGCUAGCCAGGAGCUGUUUUGAUCAGUAAUUAAUAGAAACCAGGUUGAAUAAAGUUGCACAAAUAAGUCUUAGUUCAUACUCACCAAUUCAAUUUCCAUCAUGGAAGUUUUUGAAACUCUUGGUUUAAAAAUCUCUAAUACAGUAUUGAUUGAUGGAGUUUCAGAAAACCCCACAGAUGAACUUAUUGAUUUUCUUGAACAGUAUGGUGAUAUUAAGCAGAAAACUACUAUAGAUUUGCGUGAUUCAGAAUUUGAUCAAAUGUUGGUUGUUGAAUAUGAUUCUGGAUUAUCUUUAGCACGUUUAUUUCCAAUAUUACCAUAUACAUUUACAUCAGAUGUGGGUGAUAAAUUUCAUAUUGAAAGGUUGUCUGAGAUUUAUGCCUCAAAAGUUGGUGGCUUAAAGACAAAUAAGUAUUUGGCAGAUUUACAAGAAAUUGCCAAGCUGUCUGGGAAAAAAUAUGCUGAAGUCCUCACAGAAGUGAUGUCCCAGAUACAGCAGUCUGUUGCAGAGUUCUGUCCUGUGGUGCCAGUGAAGGCAAAAGAGGAACAACUUGUAGAGAAAGCUGAAGCACAGCAGCCAUCAGUUCAUGCUACUACUCAACUCCCUUUUCCUCUGUCAUCCCUUCCACACUCCGCUCCUCUUCCAUCCAGUUCUUCUAUCUCCAGCAGAACUGAAGUGCAAGGUCAGGAGAAGCAGUCCACAUCUAUUUCUGCUGGUGAUCUCAGUCCUCCUGAGGUGCAACGCUAUGUUGUGGAGCAUGUUGUCAGGAGUGGGGACAGCUCUCUGCAUAUGCACUCAUCACAUAGAUUGAGAUCAUUCUCUGGAAAAGUCCCCAGGCCAAGUCAUGAGACAGAUUACGACACAUGGCGGACAAGUGUUGAUUUAGUUCUUCAAGAUCCCUCUAUGUCACAGUUGCAAUGUACCAGACUAAUUCGUGAUAGUCUACUUCCACCUGCCUGUGAUAUAGUGAAACAUUUGAGUCCAGAUACAUUACCAAAAGUAUACAUGCAACAACUUGAUUCAGCCUAUGGAACUGUUCAAGAUGGAGAGGAGUUGUAUGUUAAAUUCAUGGACACUUAUCAGGAUAGUGGAGAAAAGCCAUCUGCCUAUUUGCAGCGGUUGCAGGUUGGGCUACAGCAUGCAGUGAAGAGAGGAGGUGUUUUGGAGAAGGAUAUGGAUGCACGACUGUUGACCCAAUUUUGCAGAGGAUGUUGGGACAACAACCUAAUAUCAGAACUUCAACUUAAACAGAGAAAAAUUAAUCCACCUUCAUUUGCUGACUUUUUGUUGUUACUUAGAACUGAAGAGGACAGGGAAGCAGCAAAAACCCUGCGGAUGAAGCACCAUUUGGGUACCACUAAACAAAAGGUUUCAUCUCAGGUCCAGUUUGCACAUACUAACCAGGAAACUAAUCUGUGUGUUGCUCUGAACAACAUGACUAAACAGCUUUCACAACAGAUGUCAGCAAUACAGCAGCAGCUCACUGCUUUAACAGCAGGUCAGAUGGGCACCAAGCUACCUUUUGCUGCAAAAGCUACUGCAAAGCCUAAUGUGAAAAAGACUGUUAAAGAUGUACAUAUUAGCAAUUCUAGCUCUAAACCUGGGUUUUGCUUCCGUUGUGGAGAGGAUGGCCAUGUUAAGCCUCAAUGUGAUAAUGAGCCUAAUCCAGCAUUGGUUACUGCAAAGCGGAAAAUAUUUUAUGAUAAACAGAAGAGACAGAGACAAAAUCCCUCUACUUCAGCACAUUUAAACUAGUUUCAGUUCCUGUUGAGGGGCGAACAGGAGCUGAGCUGGACCAACCUUGUCCCGCAAAGAGAGAGUCUGUUAAGUGUGCCAAAUUGCAGACAAAACCCAAAAUUGAUUUGCCAAAGGGAUUAAUCGGUUCCAGAUGUACAGCAGAAGUCAACAUUGCUGGCUACAGCUCUCAAUGUCUUCUGGAUACCGGCUCUCAAGUCACUACAAUACCAGUUUCUUUCUUCAAUAAACAUCUCUCAGGUCAACCAGUUCACUCGCUAAAUGACCUACUUCAUGUUGAAGGGGCUGCAGGUCAACAUGUUCCAUAUUUGGGUUAUGUUGAAGUACCAAUAACAUUUCCAAAAGACUUUAUUGGGAGUGAAUUAACAGUUGAAACCCUUGCUUUAGUUGUUCCUGAUGUGAGACCUGGAUUUCCAGCUUUAGUGCUAAUAGGCAUGAAUACACUUGAAAUUCUUUAUGAAAAAUUUUGCUCCAGUGAC